UUACCUUGUCAUAGAUGAAUAACGAUAGUUCAGUGGGUGAAAUGGAGAUACAGAGAAGUUCAAAACCCCAUCCACGCCUCCUUUCUGUGCAAAUCUCACAAUUCGAAACUCCCGCCAUAAAACGGGCGAAUCCAAAAGAAGCUCAGAGUUUACGCAAACUCCGAAGUGGUGCCUUAUUUGGCUCUGGCCUGUACAUGUGUCACGCCCCAAAAUUUACAUACAGACCAGCCCACUGGUUCGCUGGCCCAAGAACAUGAAUGGAGGUCGUGAAGAUGUCAGACACUAGUUUAGCUAGCCUACUGUUGGGUUUACUUCUACAAGAAUUACAAAGCAGGCAGUUUCUCUAUCGAAAAUGAGCCAGAGAGGUAAAUGCAGUGUUCCAGGCUGCACGGAGAAAGGGGAAGUUUGUCACAGUCUUCCCAAGGAUCCGAAGACUCGGCAGGCAUGGAUAAUGUUUGUCUAUCAGAAGAUCCCUGCAAAGUUCGACGCUCAGCUGUUCAUUUGCUCUAAACAUUUUACCGAAGACAGCUUUCAAAAUCUUGGACAUUUUAAAGCAGGAUUUGCCAAACUUCUUUUACUGAAACGAGGGGCUGUUCCGACCGUAAGGUCAUCACAACCGCAAGCUAGCACAUCACAAGAACAACCACGAACAAAAGUUGCAGCAUGCCAAACAGAUCCUCCUUGUGUGGCAUCUCGCGGGACGCAGCUUUCUUUUACUACAUUGAGACCUCACCAACGAAGCAAAGGCAUACAGGCAACGCUGCAAUGCCAAAGUGUGGCAGUAGGCACAACGGCUCCUUCAGUCUCUGGGCCAUUCUCUUCAACUCCUUUGAAGGGUCAGAGGCCAGCAAAGAGACCUCGCCUUGAAUUUGAGGAGGAGGUGGAAGAUGUUUCCUCUGCAUGCACUGAUCCUCAAGAUUCCACAUACGAUCCUGCACAGUCUGCUACAAUGGAGACAGAAUCAUCUCAGCUUUUUACAUCACCAGUGACUUCAUAUGGCGAUGCAAAAUACAUUGUUUUUGAGCAAUGCCUCUUCAGCCUGUUCGAGAUCUGCCCUGUGUGCACAAGAACCUGUACAUUCCUGCCACGCAGAAGAGGGUCCUUCCUAGCGAUCGACCAACUAUGCCCUCACUGCAAGUUCUUCCGACAGUGGAAGAGUCAGCCAGUUAUUGGGAGCACCCCUGUGGGCAACCUUCAGCUGUCUGCUGCCAUUUACUUUUGUGGAGCUUCAUUUUCAAAGAUGAAAAAGGUAUCAUUGUGCUCAUUGUCCCCUGCAGGAAGUGUUUGUCUUUCACUGAUGACUUCACAACUGAUCUACUUUUAAUUAUUUUAUAGAUAUUUAAUGCAAUGCAGCUGAGAACACACACGUAUGAUGCCUUCAGAAGACAUUGUGUACAGAAAUGGGUUUUGUUUAGUGAAAGUGUGAGAUCAGGCCUAAUUGCCAGCCAUCAAAAUGCAAAUCAUUACAGUUUUAGGCUGCUCUAACUGAAAGGCACUUGUAACAACACCGGUUAGAGUACAGCUUUGGCACAGCCUACAGGUUUAGCCAAUGCUUUUGCUGUGAGUUAAUAGUAGUAUUUUGCUUGGUGUGUGCUUACAAAAGUGACA